AUGACUACUACGAGACCCAGCUCGGCUGCGGGAGACUCAGCAGAUUUGGAAAAAGGCAAGGCCGACGGAACAUCUCAACAUGGGCCAAUCACACCGGAUCAGAGCAAACCGAAUAGUACCGAUCAGAAGCCGUCGACACUGCAGAUGGUCCUGCUGCUAGUCGCCGUCUUUCUGAGCAUGUUCCUGGUCGCAGUGGACCGAACCAUCAUCUCGACGGCCAUACCUCGCAUCACCGACGAAUUCAACUCGCUCCCCGACGUCGGCUGGUACGGCAGCGUGUAUUUGUUGACGUGCUGCGCGUUCCAGCUCCUGUUUGGAAAAUUCUACACCUUUUACUCGGUCAAGCUUGUCCUGAUCACGAGCAUUCUGAUCUUCGAGGUUGCCUCUGCCAUCUGCGGAGCCGCGUCCAGCUCGGCCGUCUUUAUCGUGGGAAGGGCAAUCUCCGGAGUUGGCGCGGCCGGCAUCUUCGCGGGCACGAUUGUAUCUAUUGUCCACACCGUUCCGCUAGCUAAGCGGCCCAGAAUCCAAGGUCUCAUGGGCGCGGUUAUGGGUAUUGCUACGGUGGCAGGACCCCUGAUGGGCGGCGGCUUCACCUCCAACGUGACGUGGAGAUGGUGCUUCUACAUCAACCUGCCGUUCGGUGGCGUGGCCAUGGUCGCCGUCUUCUUCCUCCUCAAGGUGCCCGAUCGAGACACGACCAAGCUACGCUGGACGCAGAAACUGGCACAACUUGACGCUCCCGGCACUGCCCUCCUGAUACCAGGAGUGGUUUGUCUGCUGUUGGCACUUCAGUGGGGUGGCCAGAAAUACGCGUGGAGCAGCGGGCGCAUCAUCACCUUGUUGACGGUCAUGGGGGUUCUACUGGUGGCGUUCGUCGCGGCGCAAAUCUUGCUUCCGAAGACAGCCACGAUUCCCCCACGGCUUCUCAAGCAACGCAGCGUGGCCGCGGGUCUCUGGACGAUCGUGUGUGUGGGCUCGUCACAAUACAUAUUCGUAUACUUCCUCCCGAUCUGGUUUCAAUCCAUCAAAGGAGUGAGCGCCAUCGACUCGGGCCUCCGACUCCUGCCGUUGAUGCUGGCGAUGGUGGCGGCGUCGAUUGGCGGCGGCUUUCUGAACCAGAAGAUCGGAUACUACACGCCCUUGGGUAUCGCCGGAGCAUGCAUCAUGGCCGUCGGGGCCGGGCUCCUCACCACGCUGCAGGUCGACACGGCCGAGGGCAAAUGGAUCGGAUUCCAGGUCCUGUACGGUUUCGGCAUGGGCCUGUGUUUCCAAACCCCCAACCUGGCCGUCCAGACCGUGCUGCCCAAGCGGGACGUGCCUAUGGGCCUGGCCUUGAUGUUCUUCGGCCAGCUGCUGGGCGCGGCCGUCUUCGUCUCCGUGGCCCAGAACGUGCUGGACACCCAGCUUUUGCACCGUCUGGCCGCCAUCCCGGGCCUCGGCCGAGGAGUCGAUCUGAUCUCUUCCGCUGGCGCCACUUCCCUGCUUGACUCGGUGCCGACCAACCUGCUGCCGACUGUUCUUAGUGCCUACAAUGAUGCCCUGCGGUCCGUCUUCGAAAUCGGCUUGGUCUUGGCCUGUCUGGCCGUCCUCGGUGUUGCUUCUUUGGAGUGGAGGAGCGUGCUGAGGGAGGAGGGGGGUGGUGGUGGUGAUGGGGUUGGUACAGGUGGUGGUGAUGGCAAUUCUGCUGGCGGUGAUGGUAAUACUGAUGGUGGGGUUGCUACAGGUGGUGGUGGUGGUGGUGGUGGUGGUGACCGCAAUGCUGAUUGUGGCGGUCGUGAUGCCAAUACUGAUGGUGGGGUUGGUACAGCUGGUAGUGGCAGUGGUAGUCAUACUGGCGCCGUCAGGACCGAAAAGAUUACAGCCACGGAAGAGAGCAAGCCGCAGAAGGGAAUUUGCAAUCGCUAG